CGUUGUAGACGAAGCCUUAAAAAUUAAAAUAUAUUGGCAAUAGAAGCUGUAUUUCUUGUAUUCCUGCUAUUUAAAAAAAUGAGGGGGGCGGGGGGGUUGCUUAUGAUUCUUUGAGUGAGCGCUCAUUUGAGGGAGGGCGCUUAUUAUAGGGUGGGUGCUCAUUCGAGGAAAUAUGGUAUAUGGAGAAAAGAUUCCAUGUUGCUGUUUGUCGAGUAAUGCAGACUACUAAAUACUUUCAAUAAAUCUCUUUGUUUGUAUGUCAUUAGAAAGGAGAAAAACCUUCGACGCAUGAAUACAGCUGUAAAGUUAAAUCAGCUUGUGAAAGACAGAUCAAAAGGAACUCAGCUGCUCGUCAUCAAUCUCCCAGGACCUCCAUCAGACGAGAACGACUGGCAACACUGUAUCCUUUUUAAUCCCUUGGUGGUAACGGUUAGUGAAACGUCUUAAUGAGUCACUUGCGAUAAUGAGGGAAGAUGAGUUAUUCCUUCAACAGACUAAAACUAACUUUCCAUGGGAUGGAGGGUAGCUGAUCGUAAAUACUUUUUCUAUUUAAUUCUCGGGGAAAGUGUACGACCGGCCACGCUCUAUCUUAAACUCAUGGGGUGGAGGGCUGUCUGGUUUACUCUAAGAGACUUUUAAUCAUCUUUUUAUUUCCCUGCGUAAGACGCAGUAGUAUGUUAACCGGCCCGUGAAUCGGGUGGGGCCAGGCGAAAAGGUCCUGGAGAGAGAGAAUUCAGAAGAGAGAAAAGGGGCGGACAGGCUCCCUUGCUCCUCCCCUCCUCCGUUUCUUGCCUUUUCUUCUCUCCUCUCCUGCCCUAUUGGACACUAGAGAACUUUUUGACUGAAAAAACAAAACAAAACAAAAAGCAGCUCCCACGUGCUUUUUGUAAACAUUGGUCACUGGUUCUUAUUGGCAACUGUAAAUAUACCACUUCACUCUGUUUUAGUAAAAGGUGUAUCCGCCUUAAUCAAUAGCGCUCUUAUUAAUCUCUUCCCCAAUCCCCUCCUCAUCCGUAGGCUUGGAUAUGGAAGAUGUCCCUUCCGCCUAACCGUUGUAGAAUUAGGUACGAAAUUGUUUAUAAAAAGAGCGCAGCGUGCAUUGUUACCAGGUCUUACCGUCUUAUGGAAUGAUAACCCUUACCUUGACUGAAAAUCAAAGGGAAUUUAUCCGUCAAUUUGUCUUAGUUUUCAUUCUUGACUCGAUACAACAGAUAUGGAGUUCUUGGACGAGCUAACGGAAGGACUGGAUCGAGUAUUAAUGGUGCGAGGAGGGGGGCGGGAAGUCAUAACAAUUUACUCGUGACGUCAACUAAAUCUUCCUUGGUUCGAGAAGGUCACCAUGGGAGAAAUUGUUUUCGUCGCUUAUGUUUAUGUUUAUAAAGAAGCAGAAGGAUCAAAGGUUAUUUAUUUUUGCUUAAGUUUACCUGCAUAAUACGUCGAUUUGCAGUGAUUUAUGACGUCCAUGAACUGUUUUUACAGGCAUUUAAACUCCAUACUUAUUUAUUAAGUGAUUAACGAGAAUAAAAAGG